CUAACGUUAAAAGUUCCAUUCACAAAGAAAAACUAAAGAAUAUAAUUACCUAGAGACUUUUCAAAGACAGGUGUGUGUGGGAGACAAUGGCUCAACAAACACAAAUCAGUCCAGAAUUCCAGAUUCCACUGGCCCUUGAGCUAAAUGUCGAUGCCAAGAUAGUCCCUGAAACGGUCACGCGUAUUUUAUAUUUAUAAAGAUCAGCAUUGCACACUAAACACACGGCCGUUGACUGUGUCGCCGCCCGUACGCGAAACAUGUCGCACGCGCGCAAAUGUAUCGAUACAACAUAAUAUAUCGAAAUACAUAAACAAAUCUAUCAAUUAAAACGGUUCUCCAUAUAAUAACAGUGCCAUUUUGGAUUUUUUCACCAAGGAAAUAAGUAAACAGCAGUGAAAAUGUCGAAUAGUUACAAUAUGAAGGAGUUUAGCUCGACGGCCAUCAUAACAGAAAAUGGAAUCUAUCCGUCAACGAUAUCCAUUAGCACAAUAAACACGAAAUGCAAAGAGAAUGAUCUUGAAAUGAACAAUUAUGAUCCUUUUCAAAAUAGAAAACUGGAACAUCCCAACUCAGAUAUGAGAUCGUUUGCAAAUCUCCUGAAGUCAUCCCUAGGAUCUGGUAUUUUGGCGAUGCCGGCAGCCUUUAAAAAUGCUGGCACGAUAGUGGGCAUCGUUGGAACUAUCAUUCUGGGAUACAUCUGCACACAUUGCGUAUAUUUAUUAGUUAAAACUUCACAGGACGUAUCAAGAGUAACAAGGGUUCCGUCGUUAGGUUACGCUGAGACCGUUGAAGCAGUAUUUGCAACUGGACCACAGCCUUUAAGAAAAGUAUCACGAGCUGCCAGGAUAUUUAUAGACUGGGCUAUGGCUUUCACCAUUCUUGGCGCCUGUGCUGUCUAUGUCAUCUUACUCGUGGAAUCCGUUAAACAGAUCGUGGACGUUCAUUUUGUCGGCAAUGGGAUCAGCACGACGAUGUACUGCCUAAUGUUCUUAGUCCCAAUACUGUUUUUCACUCAAAUUAAAAACUUGAAAUAUUUGGCGCCUUUCUCUGGAUUUGCAAACGUCUUACUGGUUCUUACAUUCCUCAUUUGUCUCUACUAUAUCUGCUCAGAGUUUGAGCCUAUCGACUCCAAGCCGAUGUCAGUCGAUAUUGGAAAACUACCUUUAUUUAUCGGUACAGUUAUAUUUGCUAUGGAAGGUAUCGGCGUUGUCCUACCGGUUGAGAACACGAUGGCUAAGCCAAACCACUUCCUCGGCUGCCCUGGUGUACUGAACAUCACCAUGUCAGUGGUCGUGCUUUUGUACAUGAUCAUGGGUUUCUUGGGUUACGUGCGCUAUGGAGAUGCAGCACAGGGGAGUAUUACUCUCAAUCUGGACACUAAGGAAAUCCCUGCAAUGGUGGCAAAGGUUUUCAUCGUUUUUGCAAUUUUCUUCACUUACACGCUACAGUUCUAUGUUCCCAUGGAAAUAGUGUGGCGAAAUACCAAAGAACAUGUGGCACAGAAGUAUCAUAAUCUUGCGCAAGGCAUUAUUCGAGCUGUUUUUGCUAUCCUAACAGUGGCAGCAGCGGCUACUUUACCUCGCUUGGAACAAGUGAUAGGUCUAGAAGGAGCAUUCUUCUACUCUUUCCUGGGCCUCAUUGCACCAUCAAUCCUAGACGUGGUGCCUAUUGUAUUGGGUGUAGGGUCAAUAGUGUUAGUAACAACGGUGGUAGCCCACUUAGUAUGGGGCAGGAAACCAGCCAAGAAAGAAGUACAAGCUCCCAAGAAGAGCUCUCAGCUCAUCACAUUACAGGACCCUAAUGUGAAGUAUGCUCUACCUCUGAUUGAGAGAGAGGAGAUCAGCCAUGACACAAGGAGAUUCCGGUUUGGUUUGCCAAGUGCACAACAUGUUCUAGGCUUGCCAAUUGGCCAGCACAUUCAUUUGUCGGCUAAGAUUGAUGAUGAUCUCGUUAUCAGAUCCUACACUCCUGUGUCCAGUGACGAUGAGAAAGGAUAUGUCGAUCUUGUCAUUAAGGUCUACUUCAAAAAUGUGCAUCCUAAAUUCCCCGACGGCGGUAAGAUGUCUCAACACUUGAAUAACUUGAAGAUCAACGACACUAUCGAUGUGCGAGGACCUUCAGGAAGAUUACAGUACGCUGGUAAUGGGAAAUUCCUUAUUAAGAAAUUGAGGAAAGACCCACCAGUAACUGUUACUGCCAAGAAACUCAACAUGAUUGCAGGUGGCACUGGCAUCGCGCCAAUGCUCCAACUCAUCAGACACAUAUGCAAGGAUGGCAAUGACCCCACGGAAAUGAGACUGUUGUUUGCCAACCAGACUGAAGAAGAUAUCUUGUUAAGAAAUGAACUCGAAAAGUACCAAAGUGAACAUCCUGAGCAGUUCAAAGUGUGGUACACUAUUGACAGACCUAGCGAAGGCUGGAAAUACAGCGUAGGUUUCAUCAAUGACGAGAUGAUCAGUCAGCAUUUGUUCCCGCCAGGAGAUGAUGUCAUCGUCCUCAUGUGUGGACCUCCUCCAAUGAUCAACUUUGCUUGCAACCCAGCUCUUGAGAAACUCGGCUACGCUGAAUCACAACGUUUCGCGUAUUAAGAACAGUUACCGGGAACGCAUAACUAGAAUUGGUUUGGAAUGUCGACGCGUUAGUUCAUUGUUAUUUUUAAUUAUGUUGGUAGUUUUCAGCUUUGUAGUUUGAUAUUUUUAUAUAAACAAUACAAUUAACUUUUUUGUGUACGCACAAAUGUAAACUGACUAAGGAAAAAGUUAAACUACUACCUACUUUUUUAUAACUAAGGUAGACUCAAUUUUGUUCCAAUAUUCGCAUUUUGUCAGCUCUUUAACUGCCAAUUCCAAUUAUUUGUAUUUUAUAUAGGGGUAUAAAGCGAUUUAAAGGACAUCACUGAUUCAUUGAAGUCACAAGCAAUACAAAAUAACUUGGUUUUGUGUCCAAGAUAUUUUGCACAGUU